UUUGAACUUUAUUCACAGAAGUAAUUUCAUUAAUUUUGUCUCCCUCACCCCAAUUUAUUUCAACAAGCAUAUCCUUAUCUUCGGCGUUUCGUGACAUUCAGAAAAUUGAAAUUGUCACGCACGAAGCGCCGCGCUGGCUUCGAAUGUGUCCUGUGGCUGAAACAGCCGCAACCGCUGUAGCAAAUAUGUUGCCGUGUUCCGUUGUUUAAAAUCCCCUGUUCAGCUGUGAUGAAAAAUUAAACAUUUAGCUUCCCCCUGACGGCUCCUCGCAUGAACAACAACGUGCUAACCCCGAAACGUCGCCGCCGAAGCAAUAAGAUUUCAGCCAAAUUUUAAGCAGACUCAGUUAAGAUGGAUGUGAGCCCACAGGAGAUUGAAAGUUUGCGCUCUGCAUUCCUUCAGACAGUGGAAGCAAGUGGAGAAUCAGCUUACCAUCCAACUGAUUUAAAUAGGGUUAGAAAAGAUGAUCAAUGGUUAUCUAGAUUCCUCUUACACUGUGAGAAAGACCAGGCUGUGACCAUUACAAUGAUGAAGGAGUCACUAGAAUGGAGGAAAUCUUUUAAAGUUAAUGAAAUUUCUGAGCAAACUGUGAGAAUGGACUAUAUGGUCGAAGGCGGCUUUUUCCCGCGGGGUCGUGAUAAGGAUGGAUGUGCCUUGUUAAUCUUUAAGUGUAAGAAACAUGUUAAGGGUUCUAAAGAUAUGGAUGAAGUUAAAAGAUGUGUGAUAUACUGGAUGGAAAGAAUGGAAAGGCAGGAGAAAGGUAAACAAAUAACAAUCUUCUUUGAUCUGGAAGGAUGUGGCCUAGGCAAUAUGGACAUGGAUUUUACUAAAUACAUUAUUGCCCUCUUCAAGCAAUACUAUCCAUACUUCCUCAACUAUAUAAUUAUUUAUGAGAUGUCAUGGAUUCUCAAUGCGGCUAUUAAUGUUAUUAAAAGCUUGUUACCGCCAAAAGCCGUCCAGAAAAUUCAGAUGCUGAAAAAAGCGUCUAUCCUGACUUUCGUGCCUGAGGAUCAAGCGCUGAAAUGUUGGGGUGGCAAAGACGAUUAUGUGUUCAGUUUUGUUCCUGAAACUAGGGAACAAACUAAGGAAGAUUCCGUUGUACAAACACCAAGCAAUAAGAAGGUGCACUUUGCGGCAGAGCAUGGUGACCAAAUGAAUGACAGCAACGUGUCUUGGGAUAAGGAGACGGUCGGCGAUGGUGGUGUUUUGAGCAUCACCCCGUCGACCCUCCUCAGCUUCACUAAGGAUGGCGAUGAAUACGUCAGUGUUUUGGAGAUCAAAAACACGGAUCCCAAGCAAAACAUAUCGUAUAAGUUGAAGACAAAUGCACCCCAAAAGUUCAGGGUGCGUCCUAGUGCCGGCGUGCUAGCACCUGGUGAUAGUGCCAACAUUUCGAUAUAUUUGCUGCCGGCGUAUCAAGUCAGCGGAUUGUCAAGGGACAAGUUUUUAGUUAUGAGUGUACCUGUUAACACCAAUCACAUGUCUACUAACGAGUUGGGCGAUUUGUGGAAGAAUACGUCAGACAAUGUGACUCAACAUCGACUUCGCUGCGCCCAGUUGUCAAACGAACGCGACAUGUCGCGAAACGGCUCGGCAGUACAAAUUCCAAACGAAGGCGACCAGCUCGUGAAGCUAACCGCCUCUGUCACCCAGUUGCAAGAGUGCCAAAGCAAGCUGCAUAAGUCGAUAGCAUUUGCCCAGAUGCUGCAAAUUAUUAACCUAAUCCUCCUGCUUGUGAUUGCCUUCGUGCUCAUGUAUGCGAUGCGCGCUUCUGCUGGUGAUGAGCUGCCGUUGGCCGACGACGCGUCCGCAGGCUGCUAUCACUCGCAGGAGCUAUAACAAUAGCUGCCAGCCGCGAGCCCGGUGGAUCCGCCACCGUCGCAGCCGCUGUCCGACGCUGUGCUCGUGCACUUUUGUUGGACAUUUGUCUAUGUCUGCUGUCUAAUCGGGAACACUCUCUUUGGAUGAUCAACCGGUCUCGCUCGCGAUUGUCUUAUUCCACAGCGCGUAUCCGCAUACGCGUAGUUCUUAAAUACCUUAAACCCGUGCUGGGAUACACAAACGGGUGAUUAUAUUUAAAGAGAUAUUACUAUUAUCGCGCUACGUAGAAAAGUUGCCAAAAUAUUUUUAAAGAAUCAAUUGGGUUACGUAAACAGCACACCGGCGACGUAGGAAGUGAGAAUUAAUAAGUCAAAUGCCACAAAAACUAUCCGUACUGAUUUUUGUAUCGAGUAAAUUAAUUUUUAUACACGUGCUUUAUUUGCUUCGAUUUCUAUUAUUGCAUAGAAUUUAGUCGUAACGGGAACCUGAAAUUGUUACAUGACGUGUACAUCACAAACUCUGGGUUUUAUCAUUAAUGCUUAUCAUAAAAUCAAUUAGUUGAAGUUAUUAAUAUGUAUAGUUAUUGAAACAAAGAUAAACAGAAAAACAACUUACGCUUACAUUUUCAAAGUACUAAUAAUCAAAAAACGAAGAGCUAAUCAAUUGAAAUAUAAAGUGCAUGAACAAUCCUUGAACUGAAAACCAAACAAACUAAACUCUGUACGUGAUGUCACAUUUUGUUAAACUAAAAAUCAUGUUAUUCUAUUAAAGUCAUCUGUUAUUAUUA